CCGGGGUCCUGCCGGGGCGGUGCCGCUCCGGGGGCAGGGCCGGGACCGGGCCCCGCUCCGCGCCCCCCGACCGGCUCCAUCUUGAGCGCGGCUGCCGCGGAGCGGCUCCAGACCCCACUGUGCUGGGAUGGCAGCGGACGCCUGAGCCUCCCCCUGCCUGGGACCUGCCAUGGAGACGGUCGUCAUCGUGGCCAUCGGGGUGCUGGCCACCAUCUUCCUGGCAUCCUUCGUGGCGCUGGUGGUGGUGUGCCGGCAGCGGUACUGCCACCCCAAGGACUUCCGGCACCACUACGACACCAAACCCAUUGUGGACCUCAUGGGGACUUCUGAGACACCAUCGGAGCCCUCAGAGCUGGAGCUGGACGACGUGGUCAUCACCAACCCGCACAUCGAGGCCAUCCUGGAGAACGAGGACUGGGUCGAGGAUGCCUCGGGUCUGGUGUCCCACUGCAUCGCCAUCCUGAAGAUCUGCCACACGCUGACAGAGAAGCUGGUGGCCAUGACCAUGGGCUCGGGCGCCCGCGUGAAGUCCCCUGCCAGCCUCGGGGACAUCAUAGUGGUGGCCAAACGCAUCAGCCCCAGGGUGGACGAUGUGGUGAGAUCCAUGUACCCGCCGCUGGACCCCAAACUGCUGGAUGCGAGGGCCGCGGCGCUGCUGCUCUCGGUCACUCACCUGGUGCUGGUGACGCGCAGCGCCUGCCGCCAACCCGCCGCUCGCCACUGGGUGGAGCGCUCGCUGGCGGCGGCGGAGGAGCACAUGGCGGUGCUGCGGUCCGCGGCCAUGGCCGCCGAGCCCGAGCGCCCGCCCGGCGCCGAACCCCUGCGCCAGGAGCAGUCGGUCAUGUGACC